AUGUUCUUAGAUACUGGAUAUGCAUAAAAUGUUUAAUGUUGUAGAAGGAGCAGGUGAAUGUGGGAAAUCAUCCCCUGAUAGGGAAGCCUGGAAGUUAGCCCCAUGUGCAACGGCUGCACAAGAUACUAACGCUCCAGUUUCCAGCUGUUGCUGCCAACAAGUGAAGAAAAUAGGCCAGAACCCGCCAUGCCUAUGCGCGGUCAUGCUUUCCAACACGGCUAAGAAUUCCGGAAUCAAGCCCGAAAUCGCCAUCACCAUUCCGAAACGCUGCAACAUUGCUGAUCGUCCUGUUGGUUACCGAUGUGGUGCUUACACUUUGCCAUGAGUACGAAGACAGUCAUGGUUCCCGAUGUUGCUUGUGUGCUUACUCGUAGUUCUGAGUUUGCUGGAAUUUGUGCUUUCCAUUAACCAGUUCAUGUAGCUUAUGAAUUUAACUUUUCAAUCCAGUUAUUUGAAUGCUAAAUAAAAGCAUAUUUUUAGUU